AUGACGUCGCUGUCAGCGGACAUGGGCGACCAGAGAGCGCUCCUCGUCGCAAAUGAGCUGGGGCAAGCACUGAUGUUCCUGCAUGACGACAGCCUGGACCGGCAAAGCAGCGCCAGCGCCACCAGAGUGGACUACCAACAGAUGAUGGAGAGCCACACACGGCGUGCCGCGGUCAUGGCGGACUAUCGGCUUAUGGUGGAGCGUCGGAGGAGCCAGUGCGAGCAGCAACCCACUGAGCGCGACGGGGCGGCGCAGGCUGACGGCAGUGCUCUGAGCGAGCGCCAAAGCGUGAACGAGAUGUCGGUGACGGAGAGACACACCCCCAAGGCAGCGACUCUCACACCCCCUGACGCUGCCGCUGCACCUCUCGCCUUCACCACUAGCACCAUUACGACUACAACCACGGCCACUUCUGUCGUCGGCGUGCCCUCUGGCCCCUCCAAGGGUUCCUGCAAGUGGACAAGGUCGUGGCGGGCUCUUGCGGAUAACACCGCAAGUUCCGCAGCGAAGAAACGCCCAAAAGUAAAUUCCACGCCAAACACUCUGCAAGGACGGGGUCAAGCGUCUCUGCAACAGAGAAAGACAUCUGGUCUCACCGACAAAAGGCUGUCGCCGUUAACGACGCCCCGACAUUUAUCUCCAGCAACGUCGCAACUGUCCCCGCGUGAUACAUUGCAGGCCUUGCAUCACACACAACUUGCAUGCCGCCAUGAGCCAACAGAGGGGAGCGUUUACGUCUCGACCGCAACCUCAUCGUUUCGAUCACUGCGGGAGCCGGUCUCCGAUCAUGUCCCCAACACCAUGAGUCCCUCCCUGAUGCACGAGGAGAACGCAUCUUAUGGCGUAAAUGACGCCUAUGGUGGUGCAAAGGCGGGGGGAGAGACGGUUGCCACGAGUCAACAUGGGGACUCGACGCAUCUUUUUGCCUCACCUUCAGUGUCUUCUGUUUCUGAGACGCCGCACUGCCCUGACGCCUCCACAUUGGAGAUUGAGACGGAGGAGGACAAACGCCUACUGCAGCAGCAAGGGGUAAGGGUGGGGGUCGCGUCUGCACGCAAAACGGGGGGAGUUUUUAGAAAAUUUGUGGAAAGUAGAGCAGCGCCCUCGAGCCAGUCACAGCGACGAGUGCCGGCAGUAGAGCUGGUGGCUGUGGACGAUAAAGAGGAGCCCUCAUUUGCGAUCUCUGACUCUUUGCACUCUAUCACUGAAAUGACGCCGAUACUCAAGCGUUUUGGCCGUCAAGCGAAGGAAAAUGUAUCCGCGUGUAGGCGAACUGUGGAACCCUUCGCCGAGUCGGUGGUGGUACAGCAGCAGCCCACCGCACCGGCGAACCCCCCAGAUGACGUGGCUGAGGACUCACACGUGCACGUGGAAGAUGAUUGCGGGAGGAUGACGGAACCGAUGCGUGUUGUGCAAACCGCGGUUUCCAACAUGCCGCUGCGGGGUGCAACCGGUAUUUUGUCGGAGCGUGGCAGUGGGUUGACGGUCGACGACAAAGCCGCGUGCAUCGCUACCGUGGCAGCUGUACUGCAGGGCAUUCUCGUUCAGACUCGCCGCGUGCUUCCCUGCUACUACUGUGGUGAGGCGCAGCCACUCUCCACAUACCGUCUGCACUUGGAUUUCUGUAAGACUCGCACAGAAGCUCUCUACACACGCUACGGACUUAAUUCGAUGCGUUUUAUCAUGAGUUUGCCCGUACUGCCUAUUCCGGCGUUCAUGGCCUCAGAUGAGGAGAAGGGCGCGUUUGCCAGGGCAUGCUACCGGAGCGUGAAGGAGUCCAUUGUCCCGUGCCCGGGCUGCAACAUGUCCUUUCGCAUUCACGAUUUCCCAGAGCAUCAAGACGUGUGCAUCGGCAGUCACACUAACCGUCACCGUGGCAGUCUACGUUCAAGCGUGAAGAAGUGA